CGGGAGCUUUGUCAAGAAAACUAAACCAAGUUUAUAACAUUUCCAAAAAAGAACUCCUUUCGUUUUUAAAGGACAACAGACAUCGUAUCUCAUCACUGUAAAAGCAAAAUAUACAAGAAGUCGUCAUAUAGAGUCUAUUUUAUUCCAUUUCAUCAUGGCCUCCACAGCCCAUUCCGCCCCUGGCGCUCAUUCUAAUGCCACCUUUAGAGACAAGGAGAAGCCUAUUGCAGUACGAUCCGCAAAUAUCGUUGCUGCCAGAGCUGUUGCCGAUGCCAUCAGAACAUCCCUAGGACCUCGAGGAAUGGACAAGAUGAUUAGGAGUGGGAAGGGAGAAACCAUAAUCACCAACGAUGGAAACACGAUGCUAAAGAGCAUGUCUGUCUUGCACCCCACAGCUAAGAUGCUUGUCAACCUCUCAGCAGCACAGGACGUAGAGGCCGGAGAUGGCACAACGUCGGUCGUAGUCAUAUGCGGUGCCUUACUUGGUGCUGCUGACAGACUACUAUCCAAGGGUAUUCAUCCUUCGGUCAUCUCCGAAUCUUUCCAGAGGGCAGCAGCGGCGGCAGUCCAGAUCCUCCACGAGAUGUCCCAGCCCGUAUCCCUCACCGACACCUCCACUCUUCUCCAAGCAGCCAACACUUCCUUGUCCUCUAAGAUCGUCUCCCAAUACUCAGGUCUACUGGGUCCUAUGGCCGUCAAUGCCGUUACCAAAACCAUCGAUAUCAAGACAGCAGAUAAUGUUGAUCUGAAGAAUAUUAGAAUAAUCAAGAAGGUGGGAGGCACGAUAGAAGAUAGCGAGCUGGUGGACGGACUGGUCCUAAACCAACAGGUCAUCAAAGGAGCUGGUGGACCUUUAAGGAUGGAAAAGGCGAGGAUUGGCUUGAUCCAGUUUCAGCUAAGCCCGCCCAAGCCAGAUAUGGAGAAUACUAUCCAAGUAAACGACUACCGCCAGAUGGACAAGAUUGUCAAGGAGGAGCGACUAUAUCUUCUUAACCUAGUCAAGAAGAUCAAGAAGGCGAAAUGCAAUGUUCUAUUUAUACAAAAGUCUAUUCUACGCGAUGCUGUUAACGACCUUUCUCUACACUUCCUCGCCAAGCUCAACAUCCUCGCCGUCAAGGACAUUGAGCGAGACGAGGUUGAGUUCAUCUGCAAAUCCACUGGCUGCAAGCCUAUUGCGGACAUUGACUCCUUCACUGAAGACAAGCUUGGAAGCGCCGACCUGGUCGAAGAAUCGCAGUCCAAUGGUGCUCGGAUGGUUAAGGUCACUGGCACGAGAUCGGCGGGGAAGACGAUUUCCGUGGUCUGCCGCGGUGCCAACAGCCUCAUUCUGGACGAGGCUGAGCGUUCGCUCCACGACGCCCUCUGCGUCAUUCGCUGCCUAGUCAAGAAGAAGGCGCUCAUCGCUGGUGGUGGUGCACCUGAGAUUGAGAUAGCAGCCCAGCUUACCAAGCAGGCGCGUUCCCUCGCAGGCACGGAAGCGAUCUGCUGGAAGGCAUUCGCCGAUGCGCUAGAGGUCAUACCUACGACGCUAGCAGAAAACGCAGGAUUGAACAGCAUCAAGGUAGUUACGGAUCUACGACAUCGACACGAGAUGGGAGAGAAGAAUGCAGGAGUUAGCAUCAAGAGUGGUGGUGUCAACUCGAAUAUCGCCAAGGAGAAUGUACUACAACCACUACUGGUGAGUACGAGUGCAAUCGAGCUAGCAGCGGAGACGGUCAAGAUGAUUCUCAGAAUCGACGAUAUUGCCUUGACACGGUAAUGUAUAGCACGUCAGGGGCAGUAGAUCACAGGGCUAAGACGGGAUGACAUACGAUACGAUAUUUACGAUCGUCUGUGAUUCGAUAUCUACCACCUAAUAAAGUGAUUUUACUAAGCAAAAGAGCUUACAAAUAUUGAUUCCAGAAGAGUACUACUUACAAAAUAGCUCCGAGAGAGUAUAGAACAAGUCGGAGUUAGCUGCCUAAGGG